UAUGAACGAAUGAAAGCUUUGGUAACGGAACUCCAACAGCAAGCAGAAAAAAUCAGAUUAGGAGGUGGAGAAAAAGCUCGUAAGCUUCACAUAUCAAGAGGGAAGCUGCUACCCAGAGAGAGAAUUGACAGGCUUAUUGAUCCUGGGUCUCCGUUCCUGGAGUUCUCCCAGUUUGCAGGGUACCAGUUGUAUGGUAAUGAAGAGGUGCCAGCAGGAGGGAUUAUCACAGGCAUCGGACGAGUAUCUGGGGUGGAGUGCUUGAUCGUUGCCAAUGAUGCAACUGUCAAAGGUGGUACCUAUUAUCCCAUCACCGUUAAGAAACAUUUACGUGCUCAAGAAAUUGCAAUGCAAAAUCAUCUCCCUUGCCUGUACUUGGUUGAUUCAGGAGGAGCAAAUUUGCCUCGACAAGCAGAAGUAUUUCCAGAUCGAGAUCAUUUUGGCCGUAUUUUCUAUAACCAAGCAGUCAUGUCCUCACAAGGAAUUCCACAGAUAGCAGUAGUAAUGGGAUCCUGCACAGCAGGAGGAGCAUACGUACCUGCUAUGGCUGAUGAAAGUAUUAUUGUUGGCAAACAGGGAACAAUAUUCUUGGGAGGGCCACCGUUGGUCAAAGCAGCAACAGGUGAAGAGGUAUCAGCAGAGGAUCUUGGAGGAGCAGAUCUUCACUGCAGAAAAUCUGGUGUAACAGAUCAUUAUGCUUUGGAUGACAACCAUGCACUUCAUCUAGCAAGGAAAGCUGUAAGAAGUUUAAAUCUCCAGAAGAAAGUAGACGUGACCAUAGAGCCAUCAGAAGAGCCUUUAUUUCCUGCGGAUGAAAUAUACGGAAUAGUUGGUGACCAGCUAAAAAGAAACUUCGAUGUCAAAGAGGUCAUUGCCAGAAUUGUAGACGGAAGUAAAUUCGAUGAAUUCAAAGCCUUGUAUGGGGAUACAUUAAUUACAGGAUUUGCAAGAAUAUUUGGUUAUCCAGUAGGAAUUAUUGGAAACAAUGGAGUUCUUUUCUCAGAGUCAGCGAAAAAGGGUACACAUUUUAUCCAGUUGUGUUGCCAGAGAAAUAUUCCAAUUGUGUUUUUGCAGAAUAUUACAGGUUUCAUGGUUGGUAGAGAAUAUGAAGCUGGAGGGAUAGCAAAAGAUGGUGCCAAGAUGGUAACUGCUGUAGCUUGUGCCAGUGUACCUAAAAUAACAGUGAUAAUUGGUGGUUCUUACGGAGCUGGAAACUAUGGGAUGUGUGGGAGAGCAUAUAGUCCAAGAUUUCUUUAUGUGUGGCCAAAUGCUCGCAUAUCAGUGAUGGGAGGAGAACAGGCUGCAACUGUUCUAGCCACGAUAGCUAAGGACCAAAAAGCAAGGGAAGGAAAACAGUUUUCUGAGGCAGAUGAAGCAGCUUUGAAAGAGCCUAUCAUGAGGAGGUUUGAGGAGGAAGGAAACCCUUAUUAUUCCAGUGCAAGAUUAUGGGAUGAUGGAAUUAUUGAUCCAGCUGACACAAGACUGGUUUUGGGCCUUAGUCUCAGCGCAGCAUUAAAUGCACCUACAAAGAAGACAGAAUUUGGGGUUUUCAGGAUGUAAACUUAAAACAUAAACUCAUCAGAAUGACCUCCGUAUAUUUUGAUUGAGGCUGGAGAGCAAGCUUAACUACA